UAAUUACUAUUUUGUUUCCCCAUUCCCUUUGAUCAUGUUGAAAAAUAGGAAUAGGAAUAUAUUAUAUAGCACAACUUUUUAGUAUAUUUUACUAUUUUAAUUCAAUUYCAUAGUUUAUUAUUUUCUCAGUUUCGCACGUUAUUAAUAAUCGUUUCGAUCAAUUGUCAACGCUAAUUUUUUAUCUUAACAAUUGACAGCAAUUCUUUUYAAAUAACCAGAAAUCAUGCUCGUUUGUAAAAUUAAUCUGAUGCGAUUCACCACUAUUGCAAAGCAUCAAAGACUGUUAUCAAGAGAACCGUCUAUCCUGUCAUCAAUUGCAUUGGCGAGGUUUAAAAGUAGUAAUCCAUUCAACACUGGAAUUCUAUUUGUUCCACAGCAAGAGGCAUGGAUUGUUGAACGAAUGGGUAAAUUUAAACGAAUUUUAGAACCAGGCUUAAACUUUUUAAUACCUUUCUUAGAUCGUGUUGGUUAUGUUCAAAGUUUAAAAGAAUUAGCCAUUGAUAUUCCCAAACAAAGUGCUGUGACUUUAGAUAAUGUUACACUUAAUAUUGAUGGUGUAUUAUAUUUAAAAGUUAAUGAUCCUUACUUAGCAAGUUAUGGAGUGGAAGAUCCAGAGUUUGCAAUUACUCAAUUAGCUCAAACCACAAUGAGAUCAGAAUUGGGAAAAAUAUCUUUAGACAAAGUUUUUCGAGAACGAGAAAAUUUAAAUUUCGCAAUUGUUGAAAGUCUAAAUAAAGCAAGUGCAUCAUGGGGACUAAUAUGUUUCCGUUAUGAAAUUCGUGAUAUAAAGCUUCCUAAUAGAGUACAAGAAGCUAUGCAAAUGCAAGUGGAAGCUGAAAGAAAAAAACGUGCUGCUAUUCUGGAUUCUGAAGGUAUUCGUGAAGCUCAUAUAAAUGUAGCCGAGGGAAAAAGACAAUCAACAAUUUUAGCUUCAGAGGCUGACCAACAAGAGCAAAUUAAUAGAGCAAAGGGAGAAGCCAAUGCUUUGUUAGCAGUGGCUGAAGCCAAAGCCAAAGGAAUACAAUUGAUAGCUGAUGCUCUUAAACAAACAGAUGGUUAUAAUGCGGCAUCUCUUAAAAUAGCUGAAUCAUACGUAGAAGCUUUUGGAAAAUUAGCCAAAUCUACAAAUACUGUUAUUAUCCCUAGCAACACUUCAGAUGUUUCAUCAAUGGUGACACAGGCCAUGUCCAUUUAUAAAACAUUGAUAAAUAAAUCUAAACAGUCAAGAAAAUCAAGUGAGGAAGACAAAUAAUCCAAUGUAAAUGAACUGAAUACAAGUUAAAAUAAAGUAUAAUUUUAUUUCAUCACAUGAAAGUUGAGAUGUUAAAAUUGUGGUUACUAAAACUCAUUAAUACUUAAGUUUUUAUUAAUUAUUAAAUCUUGUUAAAAUAUCA